GUGAUGGAGUGAUUUAGUAGAAAAAUGCAUUAUUGAACUAAACCUGAAACUUAAAAAAAAAGAAAAAAAAAAGCGGGGUGUUAAAAAUUGAAGAGUAGCACAGCCUCUGUGGCUCCGCGGGCAUAUUCACGAAGCGACUGGGAGGAAGAAGAAAAUGAGGAAGAAGACGAUAGUCGACAACCUUGUUCGACUCCGCAGUUUGUCUUCUUCAUCUUUCUCACGCCGCUUUUGCUUACCAUCUCUUCCACCUCUUCAUUUUCACCGCUCUUCUCCUUCUUCUUCUUCUUCUUCUUCUUCUUCUGGUUGUCCAAGUUUUUGUUUUAAACCCUCUUCGUUUUGUCCAUGUUCCUCUUCUGCUACCCUUCGGUUUCUUAGCACCGAUUUCUCUGACCAUAAACAACAAGAUCACACUUUUCAAGAUGAAGUGAGUGAAGAUGGAGAGACCACGGACGGGUGGGAAGAGGAGGAUGUGACUGAGCCUGAGGUUGGUGAUGGAGGAGAUGGAGGUGGAGUUGUGUUCAAUGAAGUCCCUUGGGGUGAACGUGCUCUUUCCAUUGCCCUCGAGGUCUUAUCAAGAUUUGGUGAUGACAUGAAACUUUUUUCGUUCAAGACUACUCCUAAAGGAUAUAUAUAUGUGAGAUUGGACAAACUGUCACAAGAAUAUGGAUGUCCCAGCAUGGAGGAGCUUGAAAUGUAUAGUCAAGAAUACAAACUUAAAUUAGAUGAAGUUGGCGCUCUUGGAGAGAUACCUGACGAUUUGGCUCUUGAGGUUUCAUCUCCUGGGGCAGAGAGGUUACUAAAGGUUCCUGAUGACCUGGAUCGGUUCAAAGAGAUGCCUAUGAGAGUAUGCUAUGAAGAGGAUGUAGAGUUGCGCCAAGAGAAGAACGGAAUAUUUUUGCUGGAAUCCAUUGAGACAGAGAGCUGUAUCUGGAAGUUGGCUAAUGUAAAGGAAAACAGGGAUCCUCUUAGCAAAGGUAGACCUUUAAGCCGUAAGCAAAAGGAUUGGAGAUUGGAACUGCCAUUUAUGAUGCAUAAAAAGGUGUCUCUGUACCUCGAGUACUGAAUAUUUCGUUUUCCCUUUCCAUGAUAGAAACUGUAAUGCUAGAGCUGUGGUCAAAUUUAAAAUAGAAUACAAAAUGCAGAUUUCCUCUUAGCUGGUUACACAUUUUUGUUUCCUACCCCAAGUUUUGUUGCUAAGCAUAUAACUCUCUCCCUAUAAGGAUCUCGUUUAUUUAAGAAUCCCGCAGACACUCAUCUUAAAUUAGGUUUCCGUGAUUUUAAAUAUAUUCUCUUUUGUUUA